UGGCCAAAGCGGUGUCCAGAAAACCAAAGUGAAACUGAAACCCCUUGCAGCCGCUGUUCCUCCUCCUCCACGCCAAAUCGGCGGGCCGUCUAUAUAUCUGUCCUGGCAGCUCCAUUCCCUUUCCACAAGCAAACGCAGUGACACAGAAACACCAUCAGUGCGGCACACAGGCUCACGGCUCACGCGUGACGACGCGGUUCGAGAUACUAACCGAGAUGAAGGUUGAGGUGGUGGAAUCGACGCUGGUGGCGCCGAGCGAGGAGACGCCGCGGCAGGCGCUGUGGCUCUCCAACCUCGACCUGGCCGUGCCCAAGACGCACACGCCGCUCGUCUACUACUACCCGGCCCCGCCUCCUCCGCCGCCCGGAGCCGGAGACGGAGACGAAGACGACGGCGGCUUCUUCUCGCCGGACCGGCUGAGGGCGGCGCUGGCCAAGGCGCUGGUGCUCUUCUACCCGCUGGCCGGGCGGCUCGGCGUGGACGGCGCCGGCGGCGGGCGGCUGCAGAUCGACUGCAACGGCGAGGGCGCGCUCUUCAACGUCGCCAGGGCCGACUUCGCCGGGGACGAUGUCUUUAGGGAGUACGAGCCCUCGCCGGAGGUCAGGCGGAUGUUCGUGCCCCUGGCGCCGUCAGGGGAUCCGCCCUGCCUUAUGGCCAUGUUUCAGGUGACGUUCCUCAAGUGCGGCGGCGUGGUUUUAGGCACGGGCAUCCACCACGUGACCAUGGACGGCAUGGGCGCGUUCCACUUCAUCCAGACAUGGACCGGGCUAGCCCGCGGGCUGCCCGUCUCCGAGGCCUGCCCGAACCCGCCAUCCCACGACAGAACUCUCCUCCGCGCGCGUUCCCCGCCGACGCCAGAGUUCGAGCACCCGGUCUACUCGCCCGCCUUCCUCAACGGGGCCCCGCGGCCCUUCGUCACCCGCGUCUACAACGUCUCCCCGAAGCUCCUGGCGGGCCUCAAGGCCCAGUGCGCCCCUGGGGCAUCAACCUACGGGGCCGUGACGGCCCACCUCUGGCGCUGCACGUGCGUGGCCCGCGGGCUGGCCCAGCGCUCCGACACCAGGCUCCGCGUGCCCGCCAACGUCCGCCACCGGGUCCGCCCGCCGCUGCCGCGGCAGCUCUUCGCGAACGCCAUCGUGCGGGACCUGGUGACGGCCAAGGCCGGGGACGUGGUGGCGCAGCCGCUGGGGUUCGUGGCGGACGCGAUCCGGAAGGCCGUGGACCACGUGGACGACGCCUACGUGCGGUCCGUGGUGGACUAUCUGGAGACGGAGUCGGAGAAAGGGAGCAACGCGGCCCGGGGGACGAUGAUGCCGGAGUCGGAUCUUUGGGUGGUCAGCUGGCUUGGGAUGCCCAUGUAUGACGCCGAUUUUGGGUGGGGCGCGCCCCGGUUCGUGGCGCCCGCGCAGAUGUUCGGCAGCGGCACGGCGUAUGUGACCCAGCGGGGGCCGGAUAGGGAGGAUGGUGUCGCCGUGCUGUUCGCGCUGGAGCCUGAGUACCUGCAGAGCUUCGAGGACGUCUUCUACGGGGAGUGAGUGCUGAGUGGGUGAGUGAGAUCGGUCCGUGUAGUGCUUCCUGAUCGGUCCGCAGCGACUGUUCUCUCUGUUCGUGUGUAAUGAGAGUAAACGACCGUUUGUGUGUGCUGUUUAAUUAGAUUUGGACUUGGGGGAUGUGUAUGUUUGCGUGAACUGCGCACUUGCAUGAGUCGAAGGAAAAUGGUUGAAUGUC